AUGGCAUGUAACCACAGCACACUCAUCACCAUCACCAUCACCAUCACCAUCACCGUCACCAUCACCGUCACCAUCGCCAUCGCCAAAAAAGGCCUCGCUUAUUCCUUCCCCCGGAGCCAGCCGGCCAGACGCCGAUACACUCCCAUCAUGAAGCCCGUCGUCAGUGCCAUGCACGCUUGGUCGUGCACCGUCAUCUCCGUCUUCGCCAUCGUGAUUCUCAGCGCACUAGCCGGGCUCUACCGAAGCGGACACGAAGAGUUUACCGGUGACGUCAACGGCCCCAGCCCCGAGGACGGCAAAGCCAUUGCUGGAACCAUCUGGACCGCCGUCGUCGUCUACGCGGCUUUUCUUUUCUUCUGCGGCUUCCAGGGCCUGCUUCACGUGCGAGAGAACCGAAGGGGCGCAAUCACCCUGUAG